UCGCGCGCUUUUUUAUUUACGAUUGGUUCGAGGCAAGUGCUGAAGCGAAACACUCGUUGUUCACGCGCAAAACUCACAAUUUUGUAGAUUUUGUACAAUUUGAAGCCUUAAUAAUCUUGUUAUUUGCUUAAAACAUUGAGUUCCUACUGAUCUAACUAUUUGUUCAAAAGUGUUUGUGCCUAGGUAUAGGUAAAUAUGUCUAGCCCAGCAAGAUCAACUCGAGGUCGCCGACAGGAGAAUGGUUCUCAAAGCACUCCUUCGAAGCAAACUACAUCGAACAGUGAGACAGAAACCCCUCUGCGCAUGGGAAGCAGAUCUCAGAAUCCGAACGUCGUAGUGGAAAGUUCCGACAAUGUUACGGUUCCCACCUCCCCCGCAGUGGGAGGAUCCGGAAGUGCUAUGGCCCCACCGACGAGUCCAUUCAAUGCUGGCGGAGGAAGCGGGGCUGUGGGGUUGAGUGAGAUCGACAUCAGCUCUCCGCUGAAUUAUGGAACUCCCAGUUCGAUGGGAUCGGUCCGUACUCCGAGAUCUGGGAUCAGGGGCACUCCAAUGCGCCAACGGCCUGAUCUUCGUGCGGAUAGACCCUUGCGGCAGGUUAACGUUGGAUCCGAUCAGCUGGAACCGAUUCCCGAGGGAAGUGUACAAUCGGAGGCCGAUUCGGUUGGGGCCAGCCAGCCGAAGAUGGUCGUUUGGGGAACUAAUGUCGUUGUGUCGGAAUGUUUGAAGAAGUUCAAGGACUUCAUUAUGAGGUACAUUGACCCGGAUGCGGCCCUGGACGAAGUCUCCGAAGGCAUGAACCUGAACGACCCACUCUACAUGCAGAAGCUCGAGGAAAUCAAUACCUUGGAGGAGCCAUUCCUGAACAUUAAUUGUGCCCAUCUGAAAACGUUCGAUGAGGCCUUGUAUCGGCAGCUGAUUUGUUAUCCCCAGGACGUGAUCCCAACGUUUGACGUGGCCGUUAAUGAGAUGUUCUUCGAGCGUUACCCGGCCGCUAUCCUGGAUCAUCAAAUCCAGGUUCGACCCUUCAAUGCGGAGAAAACACGAAGCAUGAGGGCGUUGAAUCCGGAGGACAUCGAUCAGCUGAUCACUAUCAGUGGAAUGGUGAUCCGGACUUCGAACAUUAUGCCGGAAAUGAGGGAAGCAUUCUUCAAGUGUAUUGUCUGCAGUUUCAGCACCGUGGUCGAGUUGGAACGGGGAAGAAUUGCUGAACCGACGCUAUGUUCGCACUGUAACACAAACCAUUGCUUUCAAUUAAUCCAUAAUCGGUCACAGUUUGCCGAUCGGCAGAUGAUCAAGCUCCAGGAGGCUCCUGAUGAUAUGGCUGCUGGACAGACACCACACAACGUGCUACUGCUUGCUCAUGACGAUUUGGUGGACAAGGUUCAACCGGGAGAUCGAGUUACGGUAACCGGCGUGUACAAGGCAAUGCCAAUUCAGGAAAAUCCACGCCAGCGUAACGUAAAAUCAGUGUACAAGACGCAUAUCGAUGUUUUGCACUUCCGUAAGGUGGACGACAAACGAUUGUACGAGCAGGAGGAAGGUAAAGAGCACAUGUUCCCUCCAGAGAGAGUGGAACUGCUGAAGAAGUUAUCUCAAAAGCCGGACGUGUAUGAUCGCUUGGUUAGGACGAUUGCUCCUUCCAUUUAUGAAAACACCGAAAUUAAGAAAGGUAUACUGCUGCAGCUGUUCGGCGGUUCGAAGAAAAAGCAGGCCACUUCCGGUCGACAAAACUUCCGUGCGGAAAUUCACAUCUUACUCUGUGGAGAUCCCGGUACAUCCAAAUCUCAACUAUUGCAGUACGUCUAUCACUUGGUGCCAAGAGCCCAGUAUACCUCUGGAAAAGGAUCGUCUGCAGUGGGUCUUACAGCAUAUGUUACAAAGGAUCCAGAAACACGACAACUUGUUCUGCAAACAGGUGCUUUGGUGUUGGCCGACAAUGGCGUGUGCUGCAUCGAUGAGUUCGACAAGAUGAAUGACACCACCAGAAGUGUGCUGCACGAAGUAAUGGAACAGCAGACGCUUAGUAUUGCAAAGGCUGGCAUUAUUUGCCAGUUGAACGCUCGCACCUCAAUUCUGGCAGCGGCCAAUCCAAUCGAAUCGCAGUGGAACAUGAACAAAACCGUUAUUGAGAACGUCCAGCUUCCGCCCACCUUGAUGUCUAGAUUCGACUUGACCUUCAUAAUGGUAGAUCCCAAGAACGAACAGUUCGAUCGACGGCUCGCUGCACAUUUGGUCUCACUGUACUACGCAAACCGUGAAAAUGAUGAGGAUACACUUUUCGAUAUGAGUGUCUUAAGGGACUACAUCGCCUAUGCUAAAGAGCACAUCAACCCUGUGCUGUCAGAGGAGGCGCAGCAGCGUCUAAUUCACGCAUAUGUCGACAUGCGCAAGCACGGAAGUGGUCGUGGCCAAAUUACGGCCUACCCAAGACAGUUGGAAAGUUUAAUCCGAUUGGCGGAAGCUCAUGCUAAGGUCCGCUUCAGCCAGACUGUCGAUGUAGUGGACGUGGAAGAAGCCUAUUCACUGCAUCGCGAGGCUUUGAAACAGUCCGCUACCGAUCCGCUGACUGGAAAGAUAGACGUUGGUAUUCUGACAACCGGUUUAUCUACCGCAUCAAGGAAAAAACGUGCCGAGUUAGUUGCCAGCAUCAAGCAGAGCCUGGCAACGAAGGGCAAAAUCUUGACACUGCCGUAUCAAAAAUUGUUUGGCGAAAUCAAAGAGGGGUCUCAAGUGUUGGUCACAAAAGAACAAUUCGAGGACGCUCUUAAGCAACUGCAAGAUGAGGGCGUUAUCGUCAUUGUGGGCAACAACACCAUCAGGAUAUGUUAAUAUGCAGUGAGUAACAUUGCUAUGCGGUACCUUUCUUCUUUUUAAUAAUCAAGGUUAGUAGUAAGUUGUUUUUAUUAUCAUUAACUAUACAAAAUACAUUUACAUAAUUUGAUAGUA